AUGCAGAUAAGAUUGAUAUUUUAAAUAUUAUGCUUGGUUUUUUGUACAGCAAGUUUAACUAGUGCUCGUCAUACAUUUUAAGGAACAUCUGUAGCUGAGUUAAAUGAGCAGUCUUUCCGCUAAUUGACAGGAAUUGGAUCUGAAGACAAAAAAAUUAAAGAAGAUUUUAUUGUUUUCUUCUACGCAUAUUGGUGUUCUUAUUGCAGAAAAGAUAGCCCUGCUUGGAUUGAUUUUAAGAACCAAAAUAAUAAUGAAAACAUUAUGGUCUUUCACUGCCCUGAUAACUAAGCCUUUUGUGAAUAAUUGUACGUGUAUAGCUACCCAACUAUACUUUUAUUCCCUAAAGACACUUACCAAUAUUGUAUAUUCUCUGGAGUAAGGGACUAGUAUGAAAUACAAAAAUUCUGGUCUAAAAAAUGUGAAAAUGAAUAACUAUAUGAAAUCAAAGUUUGA